CACUGCAGUCUGUCUCCCACACUAGCAGCUGCAGUAGCAAACACAGAACGCCCAUCACAACCUCUGUACUUUCAAGCAGCUCACUUAGAAGAGAAAGAAUCAUGAUGGCAUCACCAUGUUUUCCACUGGACCCAGAUCUAAUGAGGGAGGUACUUGAAUGUCCAAUCUGCCUCGAGACCUACAAUCAGGAACAAAUGAGACCGAAACUCCUGCAGUGUGGUCACACAGUGUGCCGACAAUGUCUGGAGAAGCUGUUGGCUAAUACAAUCAACGGUGUUCGCUGCCCCUUCUGUAGCAAAGUCUCCCGCAUGAGCAGUAUCUCUCAGCUGGCUGAUAAUCUCACUGUGCUGAAAAUCCUUGAUUGUACUAUAUCCUGCAGUGCUGCUGCUGCUGCCCUCAUGUGCAAGGCCUGCUGCAAUCGUCUGCCACGACAGUACUGCCAUGACUGUGGCACAGUCCUCUGUGAGUUCUGUAAAGGGGAGGGCCACCUCCAAGAAGGCCAUACAGUUCAACCGAUAAGGGUGGCUGCUGAACAGCGUCGUAAAGAACUGGGUGGCAAGAUGUCUGCAUUGCGCAACAUAAUGGGUGAAAUUCAGAAGAAGAAGACAUCUGUUGAAAGCAUCUCCAAGGCUUUGAGAUUAAAAUACCGUGCAGUGCAGCAGGACUACACUACUGCUGAACUAUGUUAUCAAGAGGAGCUCAGUAGGGCUCGAAGGACAUUCACUGCUUCCAUGUCAGAAGUAGAGAAACUCAAUGGGCAGGUCCUGGAGGAGCAAACAUAUCUUCUUAACAUUGCAGAGGUAAAGGUGGUAUCACGCUAUGAUUAUCUCACAAUGAGGGUGAGGCAGAGUGAUAUUGCCUUACUUAAGGACGAUGGUGGAGGCAGCGACGAUGAGGAUCUGGAUCUGAGGAGCAGCUUGCCCACCACGUUUCAGUUGCAAGAGCCAGAACUAGUCCAAGCAGAGCACUCCAAGCCCUUACAAGUGGGCCACUUGGCCACAAAUACUUAUACUGUCAAUACAGACGAUGAGGAGAGUGGGUUAGAGAUUGGACUUGAGGGUGAUGUAGAGGGUGUAGCUGGGGCAGCAGGGGCCACCAGUGGAGCAAUGGAGGCUCCAGUGGAUAUUUACCGAGAUAUUGACAUGACUGCAGUUGUAGAGGAGGCCAUAUAUGGUUCACCAGGCAGCUUCAAGUCAAAGUCCUUGGAUGCAGCUGGGGGAUCACCAAGAGGAACCGGGGCAAGUGCAGGGCCCCCAGUCUGCCAGUAUUUGAAGAAGAUGGGCUGUAAGGGAACUCUACCUGGUAUGUUUAAUUUACCUGUCAGCAUCUGUGUAACAUCACAAGGUGAGGUGCUAGUGGCCGACCGUGGAAACUACCGUGUCCAGAUCUUUAAUCGCAAAGGCUUCCAUCGUGAAAUUCGCCGCAAUGCCAGUAGCAUUGACAACUUUGUCCUGAGCUUCCUUGGGGCUGACUUGCCUAAUCUUAUCCCCCUGUCCAUUGCUGUCACUAAUCAAGGUCUGAUUGGGGUCACUGAUAACUAUGAUAACUCUGUUAAAGUCUACACAAUGGAUGGACACUGUGUGGCUUGUCACAAGAACCAACUGAUUAAACCCUGGGGUAUUACUGCCAUGCCAUCAGGCCAGUUUGUGGUGUCAGAUGUGGAAGGUGGUAAGUUAUGGUGUUUAGCAGUGGACCGCAGUGCGGGCGUGGUGAGCUACAGCAGACUGUGCUCUGCUGUCCGGCCAAAGUUUGUGACAUGCGAUGCAGCUGGAACUGUUUACUUCACCCAGGGGCUGGCACUGAACUUUGAAAAACGUCACAAUGAGCCCCACCUGGAGGGUGGCUUCUCCAUUGGUUCAGUGGGUACUGAUGGCCAGCUGGGCAAGCAGCUCAGCCAUUUCUUCUCAGAGGCAGAGGACUUCCGCUGUAUCACUGGCAUGUGUGUGGAUGCCAAUGGAGAUUUGCUGGUAACAGACAGUGGCAGGAGAGAAAUUCUCCAAUUUCCCAAAGAGGGUGGAUUCAAAAUUCUCAUCCAGGAUGGGCUGACCUGCCCUGUGGGAGUGGCCACCACCCAGAAAGGACAGCUGUUGGUGCUGGAUUGUUGGGACCACUGUAUCAAAGUGUUCUCUUACAUUCAGAGGAGGCAUUCUUCCAUUUCUUAGAUAACUGCACUGGUGAAUAAGAGGUUUAGUAGGUAUGUGUUCGUAGGUGUAUAGGGGAGUCUGAAAAUUGUUGAAAUCACACACACUAUUAUCUGUCACUGAAGUUUGGCUGUGGUCCAAACACAGCCAAACUCCAGCUUUCAUUUGGGGUAUAACUGUAAAUGGAUGUUCUAGUUGGUUCGGUUAAGUUUCAAGGCCUCUGGAUUUUAAUGAGUGAAAAUCAACUACUUACAUAGUUGUUGCCUUUUACGUAGUUGUUUGAAUGGAUCUCAACACCGAAGUAGACUUUGCAGCGAUGUUUAUGUAGAAGAAUAAUGACAAACUUGACACAUUUAAACAAAGAUAAACUGGCCAUCAUUGUCAAAACUAAUGUAGGCACAAAGUAUGGAUCAUUUCUUUUCUCUUGUCUUAUUGGCUGCUGUGUAUCCAGAAUUCACCCCAACUCUCUGAUGCAUGGCUUUCACUGAUGUUCAGCUUUACAACUUACAAAUGAGAAGAAGAGGAGCUAAACAUAAAUGUGUAUUUAUGGAAUAAAGCAUACCAAGGCUUUCGGCCUGUGAAGCACUUUAUUAUUGACACAUCACUGUUUCCUUGGUUUUAGUAGCACAGAGUAACGAUGUUGCUGAAUGCAGCUGGCAGUGUUCAGUUAAUUGCAUUCUUUAACAUUCAGGGAAUAUUGAGUAACCUACUGGAAAUAGUGCUGAACGAUAAAAAUAACAUGUCCUGUGUAGGAAAGCUGAGUAAUUCUGGGCAAUAUUAAUGUGUAAUUUACAGGGGUUUUAGUGGGUAUACACAUUUACAUCAUGUUUUAAAUUGGUCUACUUUUAUCUCUAAGUGCAGGAAAUCUAAUUUAAGGCUACCGAUAAUUAAUUUGUAAACUGCAUUGUUAUGAUUAUAAUUUGUUUCGUUCUGGUGCUUAUUAACAGUUUUUGUAGUCACCCUGUGUACAUCAGCCACAACCUCAGUAGCUGGAUACAAAACGGAAGCAGUGCAUCAGCUUGGCAUUUUCAGAGCAGAGGUUGCUAAUAUCUACUGUCUCAUCUACAAAGCCUGUUGUGACCAUCCGCAACCUGAUCCUGUUUCACCUGCACAUCUUUCCUCUGUUGCAGGCCUACGGUAUACAUCCCCUUCGUCUUGCUCUGUUAAACUUGCAGUAUUUAUAAUAGUGCUGAGCAGUUUUACGCAUUCUUAUGGACACUUUAGUCUCUUGUCCUGUUCACCACCUGGUACUACUUAAAUCUAUCCUCAGUAAACCUGGUACCAUUUAGGUCAAUGUCUAGAUGUUUUGCUCCAACUGUCACUAAUAACAGAGUAAAGUUCUGUGGUCCCAGGUGCCAUUUGUAACUUGCAAGGUCCUUAAAUAUGCAAGGCGUGGUCCCUUGGAUUGUUUGCCUAUAUGGGCUCAACUUCAUUAUACAGUUGUCUUCACAUUAAUUUUGUUGCCUUGCCAGUGCAACCACCACUAAAUAACUCAAAACACCAAGAUCACUUUAAACACAUGGAUACAGCGGACAUGCGCACCUUGAAUAAUGUUUACAAACUUUAUUCAAAACCACAGUUUAUUUCUGAGAACUCUUACUAUGCCACUGUUUUCCUCACAUUGGCGGAAACUCUAGCAGACAACAUGGCGUUGUCACUCUUGAGGUUUUGUGUUGCUGCGUCUCCCUCAGGUUUUGAUUCAGUAUGAGACAACUGCAACCUCGGUUUUCAAGAGUGAUGUUUUAAAGACAACAGCCAUAUACAGUGUCCUGCACUGUCCGAACGCAUUUUUGUGUUUUAUCAUGUAGAAUAAUUGAAUUUUGAAUUGGAAUUUUUUUGAGUUGAUAAGGAGCACUAGGAAGAUGAUGCUGUCAGAUAAAAACAACAGUAAAAGAAACCUUAAAUCAUUUAGUGGCUUAAAUAUGUGUUAUCAAGUUAAUAGUUGAAACCCAUGCACUAACAACGUACGUAACAAUCUGUGUCCUGCUUUAAAAAAUGUUUUUCUCCCUGUCAACACGUGCUCAUAAGAGCAUAUUCCAUACUGACAGUUGCAGCCUUAAUAAUACUAAUUUCACCUGCCCUAUUAAACAGUAAUGUUGAAAUCUAUUUAACUGAGAAUGAAAGUGUAUCAUAAAAGCACAGUAAUAUUUCCACGGAAAAUUUGGAUUUUUUAAGUGGAGUCUCAUAGUCUUGGACGUCUGUCGCCCUUGCCAUCAAAGUUUUUUUGUUUUGUUUUCAGUGCUUACAUUUAAUUCAUGUGGUAACAGAAGUAGACAUUACUAGGGAACAUUAAGACUUAGAGAAAUAGAGAAAAAAUAAAGUGUCCUUUUGUCAUCGUGUUCAUUACCAUAGUGUGUCACAUCAUGUGGCUUUGUUUUGAUUCAAGCAGACGUUUCAUAGCCCACUCAUUUGAGAAAACACACAGUUGUUCGUGAACCAAACACACAAUGUCCUAUCCAGGUGUUCUGUCCCUUUGGAGGCUGUGAAUUUUAUAAUGUGUUGAACACAUUACAGAUGUCUCUGUAUAAUCAACUUAAUGUUUGUAUUGUUGAAUAUCUGAGUGCAAUAAACAUUUAUGAAACUA